GUGCGAUCAGCUGGAAAAAGAUGUCCAGAAUGGAAGACAUGGUAGAUACCCCAGGGUCCAUCUUGCCGCAAAUGCCGACUCCUGAGCCAGCCAGGCAGUGCUGCAUCUGCAUGAGGAAGGACCAGAAACUGCUGCACCUUUGUUUGAUCAACGGGGGCGGCAACAGUUUAUUCUCGUUGUUGUGUGACGACCAAGACGACUCUCCGGACGACAACAAAGAGCCCACGCGCCUAAUAAUCUGCUGGGAGUGCGACGCCAUCAUGUCGAACGUGGUGUGUUUCCGCCAGCAGGCCUGCAAGGCUCAGAAGCGCCUCUCCAGCAUCGCUGAAGGACGCUCCAUGUCGCAAAACACCUUUGUUCUUAUUCCACCGUCAUCAAGAGCCCCCGGCUCGGGUCCCGAGGCCAUCCUCGAGUACCGCACACAAACACAAGACCUGACGCAGCCGGUCUUCCGCAUCGUGCGUUACGUGUUGCCUGAUGGAUCCGCUGCAUCACUGCCGCCAUCGCAGUAAGGCUCAGGAGAACCCUCCUCCUUACUGUAGCUAUUGGAAGGGAUACAACAGUAAAAAGUGGUCAUCGUGAAGACGAAAAUAAAAAUAUUCCGCUAUGUCGUGAGAAUCAAGCUACAGGUAGUGAGAAUCAAGUAUAAAAAUUGUGAACAAAUUUAGGAAUGAUGAAUCCAAUGAAUUCUACGAUAGGUUUAUACAUAUAUCACCAGAGUGACUGGAUACUUAAUAAAAAAGGAGUUAAUACAGUCGGAAAUUUGAAAUUUGGCAUUUAACAUGUUUUUACAAAGAUAAGUUUUAAAAGGAAAAUACUUUUUUUGCCAAAGCUAAAGAAUACUGCACCAUUUUCAUCAAAAGGGAAUAUAAAUUAUAUAAAUUAUAAAUUUAUAUAAAUUAUAAAAAUAAAAUAAAAAGUUAGGUGGUUACAAUAACAUUGCAAAGUGUAAAGCAAAAUAUAUGGGUAUUGUCGAUAGUGUGUCAAUGUAUAGUGAUUUAGGUAUACAUUAAUUCACAAAGCGCUGGUGGCCUAGUGGUAAGAGCGUGCGACUUUCAAUCCGGAGGUCACGGGUUUAAACCCCGGCUCGUACCAAUGAGUAUUUCGGAACGUAUGUACGAAAUAUCAUUUGAUAUUUACCAGUUGCUUUUCGGUGAAGGAAAACAUCGUGAGGAAACCGGACUAAUCCCAAUAAGGCCUAGUUUCCCCUCUGGGUUGAAAGGUCAGAUGGCAGUCGCUUUCGUAAAAACUAGUGCCUACGUCAAUUCUUGGGAUUAGCUCCCAUGAGCCGUGGCAUAAUGCCGGGAUAACGCGAGGAAGAAGAAGAAAAGGUACCUACCUUACUACAUACAUUAAUUAAAAUAACUUAGUCCCUAAAUUUAGUUAAUUCUCAGUGCUCAGUAUCUAAUGUGGCGAUGCUGAGUAUAUGUAUGUAUAUAUACUCUAGCACACCCAGUUACUCAGCAGGAAAAGGCAGCAAAAUUAAAAAAGGUGUGAAGGGUUGCCCUCCCAAACAAAAUUUGACUCGCGUCUUUUCCUACUGACAAACUGGGUGUGCCAGAGUAUAGUAUGUCUCCUUGUGGCCAAAAACGGACAUAAAGGGUCCUUGAACCAAAAUGUAUAAGACUGUUAUAGACUAGUCGAAAAGUUAGGUUUCAAUAGUAAAUAUUUGUCAUUUGUGACUAUUUAAUGGCGUUUCAGUUCUCCUUUAACAAUUUACUCUGUAAUCAGAAUAAUGUGAACUCGGAGU